AUGAAAUUAGGCAAAGACAAGGUCACCUUCCUCCUUGGGAUCAUAGCGUCCAUUCUCCUGUUCGUGGUUGGGGGGCUGUUUAACAACGUCAGCUACAUUCUAGGGUGUUACACAUUCUUAGGAUUGGUUUUGACAGUGUACACCAUACUCGCAUUUUUCAUCCCCAGCACCCAGAAAUCAAGAGAUUUUGUCUUCUCAUACGGAGUAACAACAGCGUGCAUGUUCGUGAUAUCACUCAUGUUUCACAUAAUAAUAACUGAUUCGAAGGUAAAAUCAUCAUGCAGAUAUAACAAUAGCAAUUGCGCCCAUUAUGUACUUAUAUCAGUGUGUGGAUUUGCUUCAACUUUCUGUUUCUUAGCUGCUUCUGUAAUGACUUUCAAGGUUCUCCGCGUUUGGUAG